AUGAAACUCCUGCUCAUAACCAUCGCCGCUUUCCUCAUCGCCCUCGUCUCCGCCAGCCCAGCACCAGGCCACAAGCGCGGUCUCGCCUUCAACAACCCCUCCACUUACGUCCAGCACUUCAACGGCCCCAACUCCGCCGUGAGCUGGGCCUACAACUGGGACUCUACCACGGACGAUGCAUUCCCACACAACAACCUGCAGUUCAUGCCGAUGCUGUGGAGCGAUGCCCCAGACCAUACCGCCAACGCAAGUCCCUCUCCUCCCUCCCCUUAUCUCCUGUUGAAGAACACUGCCGAGCUAACGCUAAGCAGUGGAGCCGCCAUUGCCGAGUUGGAAUCACCCCGCUCAUCCAUCUGCAUCAGCAUGUCCCCCCAACGAGCCGUCGACGCAUACCGCAAGUACAUGAUGCCCUUCGCCCACCGCGAGAUCUCUCUCGGCGCCCCAGCCGUUACCAACGGCCCUGAUGGCCUGCCCUGGUUACGGGAAUUCGUGAGACUAUGCACCGGAUGCCAGAUCGACUUCCUCCCCAUCCACUGGUACGACGCCGCAACCAACAUUCUCUACUUCAAGAACCACCUCGCCGAGGCCCACGCCGUCACCGUCACGGGCGGCGGCGGCGGCUCGCGCCAGAUCUGGCUCACCGAGUUCCACGGCUCCGGCACGCCAGACGAGCAGGUUGCCUUUCUCCGCGACGUGAUGCCUUGGAUGGACGCCACCCCCUGGAUCUCGCGCUACGCCUGGUUCUGGACCGAGCCCAGCUACGACCAGGGCGCCCUCGUCCACGCAGACGGCCAGCCCACCGCUCUCGGCCUCGUCUACGCGUACACCCCGUCGCCGUUGACGGUGUGCACGUGCACCUGGUAG